GCCAGCUUCGCACCACCACACGUCAACUCCUGCUCACCUGCUCCUCUCCUCCUCCCUCCUCUUCGCCAACCUCAACGCUCUGCGUCAAUCCCAGGACCAGCACGCCACGCGUCCUCCCUCCCUCCCUCCGUCAGAGGCCGCCGACUUCUGGCUCCGAACCGACCUCCUGGCCAGCGCCUGCAGUCGCUGCAGAGCUGUUCCUGACCGCUGUCCACCGCCGCCGCCCACAAAUCGUCCCCGACAACCCUCGUCUCCGCGGUUGCGCCGCCGCCUCGUGUCAUGUCGGCUUCCCCCAACGAUGGCUACGCCCAGGUCCCGGGCCAGCAGAUGCAGCCCGAGCAGCCUGCAUCAGUCGGCAGCCCGCCUCCCGACGCCGCCCAGGCCCACGCCGCUGGCAAGAAGAAGAAGCGAGGCUACGCCGCCGGCGCCUUCGACGUGGGCUCCGGCGCGAAUGCUGCCGUCGGCGGCCAGGCCCAAGGCGGAGCGCCGCAAUAUGGAAUCCCCCCCGGUCAGCAGCAGCCUGUCGGCUACGGCGGUUACCCCCAACCCGAUGCUCAGCAGGCCACGCCCCCGGGAUACCAGUAUCCCCAAGGCUACGGAGCUCCCCAGCCCGGCGUUCAACCCCAGCAGGGAGGAUAUGGCGGUUAUCAGGCUCCCGAUCAAGGGUACCCGGCUCCUGUCGCCGCCGGUCAGCCCGGCGCUCCGGGCGUCGCUGGCAUCACGCAAGGAAUGGGCGGCAUGCAGCUGGGCGGCCAGCCCCAACAGCAGCAACCCGUGGCGCCCGCGCCGGCCGCUCAGCCCGCCCGAGCAGGACCUCUCAACCAUCUGUAUCCCACCGACUUGAUGAACCAACCCUUCUCCGUCUCGGAGCUUGAGCUGCCUCCUCCGCCAAUUGUCCUCCCCCCAAACACGAGCGUGACGCCGUCGCCAGAUGCCAAUUGCCCUCCCCGAUACGUUCGCUCGACGCUCAACGCCGUACCGACUACCAAUUCGCUGCUCAAGAAAUCCAAGCUCCCAUUUGCGCUCGUUAUUCAGCCGUAUGGCGCGCUCCAUGACGACGAGGACCCUAUUCCUAUUGUUCAGGACCAGGUCAUUUCGCGUUGCCGCCGCUGCCGCACCUACAUCAACCCCUUUGUCACAUUCCUCGACCACGGCCACCGGUGGAGGUGCAACAUGUGCAACCUCAGCAAUGACGUCCCGCAGGCCUUCGACUGGGAUGCGGCCGCGCAGCAAACUGUCGAUCGAUGGCAGCGCCACGAGCUCAAUCACUCCGUCGUCGAGUUCGUUGCCCCUCAGGAAUAUAUGGUCCGGCCACCCCAGCCUCUGGUCUACCUGUUCCUGUUUGAUGUGAGCUAUGCCGCCGUUUCCAACGGUCUACUGGCCACGAGUGCUCGUACGAUCCUCGACAGCCUCAACCGGAUACCCAACGCGGACAGGCGCACGCGUCUCGGGUUCCUGGCCGUCGAUACCAGCCUGCACUACUUCUCGAUCCCCAAGGACGAUGACGAGAAUGCUGAGACCAAUAUGCUCGUCGUCAGUGACCUGGAGGAGCCCUUCCUCCCCGUCCCGCACGACCUUUUGGUGCCGUUGACGGAGAGCCGCCAAAGUAUCGAAAAGUUCCUGCAGAAGCUUCCCGAUAUGUUCCAGAACAACCAGAGCAACGGUUCCUGCAUGGGCUCGGCCCUGCGUGCCGGACACAAGCUCAUCUCCGCCCUGGGUGGUAAGAUCGUCGUCCUCACCGCGUCCCUGCCGAAUGUGGGUGCCGGAAAGCUCGAUAUGAGGGAGGAUAAGAAGCUGCUGGGAACCUCCAAGGAGGGAGGCCUCCUGCAGACCGGCAACAGCUUCUAUAAGAGCUUUGCCGUUGAAUGCUCCAAGAACCAGGUGUCGAUCGACAUGUUCUUGUUCUCGUCUCAGUACCAAGAUGUGGCCUCUCUGAGCAACCUGCCAAGAUACACUGGCGGCCAGACCUGGUUCUACCCCGGCUGGCACGCAUCUCGCCCAGAGGACGCUCUCAAGUUCGCCUCGGAGUUCAGCGAUUAUCUUUCCUCGGAAAUUGGCCUGGAGGCUGUGCUUCGCGUGCGGGCUACGACAGGCUUGCGCAUGAACACAUUUUACGGCAACUUCUUCAAUCGCAGUUCCGAUCUGUGCGCGUUCCCGGCAUUCCCGCGGGAUCAGUGCUACGUCGUUGAGGUCGCCAUCGACGAGAAUAUUACCAAGAACUUUGUCUGCCUGCAGGCCGCUGUCCUUCACACAACAUGCAACGGCGAGCGACGGAUCAGGGUCCUCACGCUGGCGCUCCCGACCACGACGAACCUGUCCGAUGUCUAUGCGUCGGCAGACCAGUGCGCUAUCACCACGUACUUCAGCCACAAGGCUGUCGAGAGGACACUUGGCAGCGGCCUCGAGGCUGCCCGGGACGCCCUCCAGGCGAAGCUCACCGAGCUCCUGCAGACAUUCAAGAAGGAGCUUGCGGGUGGCAGCAUGGGAGGCGGUGGUCUCCAGUUCCCGGCCAACCUGCGUGGCCUGCCCGUCUUGUUUCUGGGAUUGAUCAAGAAUGUGGGCUUGCGGAAGUCGACGCAGAUCCCUUCGGAUAUCCGCUCUGCUGCUUUGUGCCUCCUGUCAACGUUGCCUGUCCCACUUCUGAUGCGGUACAUUUACCCGCGUCUGUAUUCGUUGCAUGACAUGCCCGACAACGCAGGCAUGCCUGACGAGGAGACGGGACAGAUUGUUCUGCCGCCGGCCCUAAACUUGACGUCGGAGCGACUCGUGUCGUACGGCCUGUAUCUCAUCGAUGACGGACAGACACAGUUCCUCUGGGUCGGUCGCGAUGCGGUGCCUCAGCUCAUCGCCGACGUGUUCGGCGUCGAGGAUCGCUCGCAGGUGCACGUCGGCAAGGGCAGGGUGCCGGAGCUGGACAGCGACUUUAAUGAGAGGGUGAGGGCCGUUGUGCAGAAGAGCAAGGACCAUAGGUCCCUUGGUGUGGGAAGCAUCACCGUGCCACAUCUCUACAUUGUGCGGGAAGACGGCGAACCCAGCCUGAAGCUGUGGGCGCAGACGCUUCUUGUGGAGGACCGGGCGGACCAAGGUGUCAGCGCAGCGCAGUGGCUGGGCGUGUUGAGAGAAAAGGUGGUGCAGUGAUGAGUGACAAAAAGGAGCACUCGUUAUCUUCCUUGCAUAGACGGACGGGGAGAGGAGUUGUGCAUUGGCGACGUGUACGGAGGCGGCUCUGCGCCAAUCAGGCGGGAAAAUGAAACGACCAUCGGGAUAUCUUAGCUCAGCAAUUGCUAAUAAUUCACUCUUGGAAACGGUGCUGCCAUGCGCCAGGUCCCCCUGUGGAAGGGGAGACGUGUGGACACGCCGCGUCGGGAGGAUGGCCGGGCUGUGCGUCACGAUACGGGCCAUGGGUCGGUGCGGCUCCCCACGAGAUGCGAUGCGAUGCGAUGCGAUGCUGCAAGGCACAGCCGAGUGUUCCCGACAAGGGGUGGGAUGAGCUUUGGAGCUCUAUUUUUGGACCCUGGUCCGACAUGCGAUACAAGGCACAGUGCUCAGUUCCUGCGUGUCAUUCACUGCUGCGUGCGUGCAACCUGGCGGCGGUUCAAGCCCCUGUUGCUCGCGCCUUGGCCUUUUGGAGUUGAAUUCUCGCGCGCCUGAGUUGAGAUUGACCUAUUUGUGCACCAGCGGAGGGGAGCGAGUUAGUAGCACGUACAAAGUACGUUACUACCUUACGUACUUGGCACUGCCACCGGUCGUUCGUGGUGAAGUAGAGAGAGGUAGACAACAACGG